AUGUUUGCGGCUCUCCUGAAGUUAGACUUGGCCUCUGUGGUCUUGACUCUGUUCCUGGGCUUGAUUUUUCUGGUUCUUUUAGAGAUCUUCAGGAUUCAUUUUUACAAAUGUCGAUUUCCACCUGGUCCAACACCUCUGCCUUUUGUGGGAAACUUACCACACUUAUUGAAGAAACCAAUGGAGUUCAUAAGAUCUUUGUCUCAAUAUGGAGAAAUGACCACUAUGUAUCUUGGGAGAAAGCCAGCGAUAGUCCUCAAUACAUACCAGGUGGCUAAGGAAGCCCUGGUUCAGGAUGCUUUUGCUGGAAGACCACAUCUGCCUAUUGUAGACUGGAUAACUAAUGGACUCGGUAUCGUGAUGGUCACAUUUAACAACUCCUGGAAGCAGCAGAGACGGUUAGCUCAGCACACAUUCAGGAAUUUUGGCCAGGGGAGGAAAUCAAUAGAAAGUCGCGUGUUAGAGGAAAGCCAAUAUCUGAUUGCUGAAAUGCUCAAAGAUGAAGGCAGAUCAAUGAAUCCCCAGCAUGCCGUACAGAAUGCCCUUUCCAACAUUAUCUGCUCCAUCGUGUUUGGAGAUCGAUUCGAAUACAAUAACAAACGCUUUGAAUACCUUCUGAAAAUCCUGAAUCAAAACAUCAUACUCACAGGAUCAGCAGCAGGACAGAUUUUCAACUUCGCCCCCUUCAUCAAGCAUUUCCCUGGUCCACACCAGGAGAUCAAUAAGAACGCCAAUGAGUUAUAUGCUUUCGUUCGACAUGAAGUUGAAGAACACAGAAAAACUUUGGAUCCAGACAGUCCACGAGACUUCAUUGAUGGCUACCUGCUGGAAAUCGAGAAGCAAAAGUCUGACAAAGACUCCACAUUUCAUGAAGAAAACUUGAUUAGUACAACAGUAGACCUGUUUCUGGCGGGAUCUGACAGCACAUCAUCCAGCAUCAGAUGGGGACUCCUCUUCUUGAUUCAAAACCCAGAUGUACAAGAGCGAUGUCAUGAGGAGAUUGUUCAGGUUCUGGGUUACGACCGCUUGCCCAGCAUGAAUGAUCGUGACAGACUACCGUACACACUCGCCACUGUUCAUGAGAUUCAGCGAUGUGGAAACAUUGCACCUUUUGGGUUAUUUCAUGAAACAAUUCAGCCCACAAAACUACGUGGAUACGACAUUCCUCAGGGAACUAUGAUCAUGACAAACUACACUGCAAUUUUCAGCAAUAAGGAGCACUGGAAGCAUCCUGACACAUUUAACCCAGAGAAUUUCCUGGAUGAGAACGGACAAUUCAGCAAGCCGAAGUGUUUUAUUGCAUUUGGAGUGGGGCCAAGGAUCUGUCUGGGUGACACACUGGCAAAGGCAGCGCUCUUCCUGUUCAUCACAUCUCUUCUACAGAGGAUUCAUUUCUCCUCACCGCCUGAUGCAAAGCCCAUGGACAUGGAUGGAAUCUUGAGCAUAAUCCGCUAUCCUGAAACUUUUAACAUCAUCUGCUGCAGUAGAGACACUAAAGAGUGA